AUGUCCAACUCCAUUUAUAAAGAUCUACCAGAGGAACAUCCUCGUAAACUAAUACCGGCUUUGUGUCAGCAAUUUUACCAUUUGGGAUGGGUAACUGGAACUGGUGGUGGUAUCUCCAUGAAGCUAAACGAUGAAAUCUAUAUAGCCCCAUCUGGUGUCCAGAAAGAGCGCAUACAACCCGAAGAUUUAUUUGUGCAAAAUAUUGAAGGCCAAGAUCUGCAACUGCCACCUGAUUAUAAGCAUUUAUCGAAAAGUCAAUGUACUCCCCUCUUUAUGUUGGCAUAUCGUCAUCGUAAUGCCGGCGCCGUUAUACACACACAUUCACAACAUGCCGUAAUGGCUACACUAUUGUGGCCCGGUGAAGUUUUCACCUGUACCCAUUUGGAAAUGAUCAAGGGCAUUUAUGAUGAUGAUAUGAAGCGUUAUUUACGUUACGAUGAGAAGUUGGUUGUGCCCAUCAUUGAAAAUACACCCUUUGAAAGGGAUUUGGCAGAUUCGAUGUAUGCUGCAAUGAUGAAAUAUCCUGGUUGUUCGGCGGUACUUGUGCGUCGUCAUGGUGUCUAUGUUUGGGGUCAGACAUGGGAGAAGGCAAAGACAAUGUGAG